AUGAAUCGUGAAGAAGAAAUAGAGGCUGCUGUCAAAUCUUUCCUCAAUUAUGAAGACUACCUUGAUUCAAUGUUGACAAAAGACGAUCUAACGUUCUUGAAGGACAAAGAAAUAUGCCACGAGCUGCUCACACUAGGAUACCAUUCUAACAAAAGAGUCAUAUCUAAACAAGAUUUCGAGCGAAAGAAGGAAGAACUGAGGAAAGAUAUCAUAGAAAAGAGCAAGAAGGAAUUAAAAUUGUAUAGUGAUGGUGUCACCUGUCAUGGAGCUCUGAUGCAAGCACUUGCAAAACGAGAAGAAAGCAAUGUGAUGGGACGCAUUUCAACAAUCAUCUUUUUGAGGGAUACCAAUGAUAAACGUGAAGAAGUAUCCGCUUACAUCGAUUACGCUCACAGGCUGUCCACAGAAAACUGGGAACCUUACUUUGAUGGGAGAAAAAAACUCUUGCCUGUAGAGACCGAUAUUAGCUUUUAUAACUGGAGCAAGGAGCAAGCGUUCAGCACCUGUAGUCCUAAUUUUGGUGUUUUGACCGAUAAAGAUUCCUGUAAGCUGCUCUUCAUUUGUAAGAAAGAUGACUACAUCAUGGAUGUGAACCCUAAGGGUCAGCGAGGUGAUGCUGAUGAAGGUUUCUUCAGACAUGAUGUUCACGAUCCAGAAUAUUCUCAAGCAGUCAUUUUUGAUCAUGUUGUUUCCAGACCUGUAAUUUGA